AUGGAUUGCCAAAAUGAAGAAAGAUGUUUCAAAUUUCGUAAGCUUGGGAGCCAAAAUCGAGAAAGUUUAUAUAUUCGCCUUGUUGACUCCAAAAGUUACGAACUGAUUCGGUAUGAAGGACAAGACGGAAACCCAAACAUGAAAAGAGUUCUUCUUACCCAUGAAUCCGUUUGUUCACGUUGCAACCAGAACAGAAGUUGUGGAAACAAAAAUGAGACGCCAUCGGAUCCAACUAUUAUUGACAAGCAUAUUUUGAAAUUUUUUCUCAAGUGCAACCAAAACUGCUUGAAGGGAGCAGGUAAUCCCCGAGACAACAGGAGGUUUCGGAUUGCUGUGAGUGUCUCGCCUAUCCGGAUAGGGCAACAAAAUGUGCUCGCAUAUUCAGAUGAAAUAUUUGUGCACAACAACUCGAAACAUUCGAAGAAGCGAAAAUCUUCAUCUUUCGAAAUAAAAGGUAUGGAACAGUAUCCCAAGAUUGAUGUUGUUGCACCAGAGAAAGGCCACACUUUGUCAAAAUUUGUUGUCGCUGGUGAAAAUUUCAUUCGGGGAGUGAAAAUAUACAUCGAUGAAUAUCCAGUUGAAACUGAAAUGCUUAAUUCAAGUCCAUCAUCAUCUGCUAAUCAUACUCAACUGUCAACAACUCCCUACCACAAUGCAUCCUAUAAUCGCUAUCAUUCUUUUUACAGUAGUUCUAUCGUUUCCACUAGGAAAGCUGCAAAUUACCGUCCCAUAGCCGCAGCUAAGACAGAAUUGCAAGUAAGAAUGGAACUAGUCUCUGGAUGCUGUAAUGAGCUGGUAUGUGCUGGCGUUUCUUUUAGUGCUUUGAAGUGCUGA